UAUUAAUUUUUUUUUUUUUGGCUUUGUGUUGUGUGGGGUAUUUUGGCGCGCUUUUUCUUUGUGUGUGAAACAACAGCGGCUGGUGUUGCAGUGGCUGACGUUUAUGCGUCGCUACCGCUGACAUCCCUGCUGGUUGUGCAGAAGGGCAUUUUUGUAAACCAACAACGGCUAGUGUUGCAGUGGCUGACGUUCAUGCGUCGCUACCGCUGACAUUCCCGUUAGUUGUGCGGAAGGGCAUUUUUGUUGUUAUACAACAGUGGCUGGUGUUGCAGUGGCUGGCGUUCUGCGUCACUACAGCUGACAUCCCCGCUGGUUGUGCGGAAGGGUAAUUUUGUUAUACAACAGUGGCUGGUGUUGCAGUGGCUGACGUUCUGCGUCGCUACAGCUGACAUCCCUACUGGUUGUGCGGAAGGGAAUUUUUGAAUAAACGAAAGCGGUUGGUGUUGCAGUGGCUGACGUUCUGCGUCGCUAUUGCUGACAUCUCUGACGGUCGGGAAUAGAAUAAUUUGUAGACCAAAAAUAAAUAAAUAGAUAAAAAUAAAUUGGCAGUCAUUUUAUUUCGUUCUUUGUCGAGUUCGCCUUCUGGAUAUCGUUUUCUUCAACUGAAAAGUGGAUUACAUCUUCUCGUGGAUUUAGUCAACUAUUGCUGCAUUCUGGAAUUGAAUUACCUGAUAUUCUUGCCUUGGAUUGAAAUUUGAAUCUCGUGGCCGUAACUGUACAGUCUACUUAAUUCUCCAUGCUCUACUCACUCUGAACUCUUGUUUUGUCAGUGCAUUGAUGCUCUAAGUUAGAGUGUUGCAGGCUUGCAGCAUCAUAGUUUCAAAAAACAACUUGGUCGUCAACGUCAUACGUCAACAUCAAUUUAUUCAAGGUAAAUUUGAUAAUGAAAAGGGUUAAUACUGCUAGCAGCACAUCUCAGGCUCACAUAAGGAGAAUGCGUCGGGAGGCAAAUCAAAACGUGGAGGUUGCUAAUUUGUCUCAGUUUGAAGUUGAACGUGACAUCAACAGUAUUUGUGAACCAGUAUUUCAAGACUACACUAAAAGAAGUUUGGAAUUUUUAAAAAUCCAAUUUCGAGAAAUGACUGCAAAAAUCGACGAUCUUUUGGACUCGAGACCGAAACCGUGUAUUUGUACAAUACAAAGAAUCGAAGAAAAUGAACAGCAAUUCCUUUUGCCUUUGGAUUCGUUCGAUGCUAUUGAACAUCUUGAAAAUUCAAUGAAGGACCAACAAUCUCGACAACAAAUGAUCCUUUUGCUGCUCCGUGUCGGUGGAAUAAAUCUCCAGAAAACGGUUUAUGCAAUAAUGGAAAAGUUAUUCUCAUACGAAAUUGGAACUAAGUUCACUUGGACGGGAAAAUCCUCAAAAGGAAUCGAGAAAGCUAAAUUUUCUGAUCUGAAGAAUAUCUAUGCUGCAAUCUCUGGUGCCGUCCUCGGUAACAAAGACCUUGCUGGUGAUGAGAAAACUACAGUUAAAGUGCAGUAUCAAGUAACCGAGUGGCUUCGUCACUGUCAGCAGAAUUUGAAAAGUCAAAUGUAGUUGAUGAAUAAAUAAAACAUUUGAAAAAUG